GCGGAAUCUUCCUCCAGGUGACGCGUUUCAGUCGGAUCAAAUUCAUCGACGCACCAACCGUUCUGCGCAGGUCGGAAGUCACGAACAGCGACACCGCUGAAUAAAGUUAGUUUGAGUUUUUACGCGUUUGAUUAAAAACACGACGAGAAUCUGAAGCUGCGCAGGAAACGCAACGUGACGUGAUUUAAACUUCAAGGUGCGUUUUUGUUUCUCUGCUAGCAUCGGUGUUAGCAACGUGUUAGCAUGGAUGUUAGCGGUAAGACUGUGAGAAUGAAUCCGGGAGAAGAGGUCCAGCACCGGGCACAGGAGGAGGACGAGGAGCUGGAGGAAGAUGGGGAGUGGGAGGAGCUGGAGGACGAGGAGCUGGAGGAGCUGGAGGAGGAGUUAGACAUGACGGCGAAAGAUGUGCUGCAGAAGGUUCAAGCCGUGCAGACGGACGCCACCACAGAAGAGUCGGGCGUCAACACGGAGCCCGACUGGGAGAGCCAGGUGUCGGCCAUGUUGGAUUACGGCGUCAGUCUGUCGGAGAAGUACAACAGUCUGAUGAGGAAGCAGGACGAAGAGGAGGCGGACCAAGAGAAACAGAAACAACAACUGCAGAAGAAGAAGGAGGAGGCCACACGGCAGCACCAGGCUGUGAUGGAAAAACUGGAGUCUGUGCGAGUCAAACUGCAGCUGAACAACUCCAAGGCUGCCAGGAAGAACUUCUUGUCCAAAAAACAGGAGAUGGCGUCAGAGAAGGAUCGAGCGGAGGAGGAGAAGAACAGGUUGGCCAAUGAGCUGCAAGAGAGCGAGCGGAAGCUGGCGGCGCUCACAGAGGAGCAGAGCGAGGAGCAGCGGAGGUGGCAGGAGGAGCUGGAGGAGCUGAGGCAGGAGAUGGAGCGUGUGAGGACGGAGGCGCAGGAGGCGGAGCUUCAGGCCUUACAGGACGAGAAAGCAGCUGUGGAGAAGCAAAGGGACGUCGCCAUAACUCAAAUCGAUGUCUGGCUGAAAGAGCUGGGUCAGUACCUGAACGCUCUGCGGGCGGAGUCUCCUCAGCAGUAUCAUCUCGAGAGGCAGAAGUGGGAGAAGAAGGAAGCUGCGGUGCGGAGGAGUCAGGCCGAGCUCCAGAGCCACUUCCAGGAAGUGAUGCAGAAGCUCCAGCAAGGCCGAGAAUUAGAGUCUCUCACAAAGGUCCACAUCCCGACUCUGCCGGAUGUCCCCAUGGUCGACCUGAGGAUCAAUCAGCUGAUACAGACACUGGUUCAGCCGCAGUUUGGGGCCCCCCCCACCUCAGUGGUCCGAUCCUUCCCCCCUCAACGACACCCACAUUACUACCAGGACCAGUACCAGCCCCCUUUCCGACCUCCGUACCGUCAGCGCUACCCACACCACCACCCGCCACCUGAUCACUAUUUCCAGCCACCAACCGAUCACUACUUCCAGCCGCCGCCGCCGCAGUUCCAGCUGCACAUCAGAGUGCCGCUGAGGGUGACGCCCCCUCUCUCCCCCUCCCCUCCUGUUCAACCUGUCUACCCUGUAGUUCCCUCGCCGCCUCCCCCUUCUGGCGCCACCGCCACCUCAGCCGGUAAACUGGACAAAGUCCUAGAGAAGCUCGGGACUCGGUUCCCACAAUGCAACAAGGCUCAGCUGACUCAGCUGCUGCAGCAGGUGAAGAGCUCCCGUGGCACAUUAGCUGGCAUGUCCAUGGAGGAGGUCGGGGAGCAGGUCGGCCUGAAGCUGGCACAGAAUGAGAGGGUGGCCCCGGGGCCCAUCGUCCGGCCCGCGCUCCUGGGCCCGAUCCAGAGGCCGCCGCCCUCCCCGCAGAGAGCCAGAGCGGUGGCAACACCGGCUGGAGGUCCGAGCGCCGGGGCCCGCAAACUCUGCCUGAUGUGCCAGAACGCUGUGGAGCCAGAGAGCCGCCACCCGCUGAGCUGCUCCCACACCAUCCACAGAGACUGCAUCCGCAUGUGGCUGCAGUCCAGCAAGAACAACUCGUGUCCCUUCUGUCCCGCCAAGUGACUCCAUGACAUCACAGAGCACGACAGCAGCAUGCUAACGUCACCUCGGUUAAUGGGAAGCUUUUGAAGUAAAGUGCCAACGAUCACACGCUGAAACGGUUUAAUAUUGAUUCAGCGAUAAUCAUUAUAAGAUGAAGUCAUGUGACUGUAUAUAAAAGUUUUCUGUAUGAUAACAUUUUUGUGGAAUUUAUCAAAACUCGUGAUAAAAUCAUGAUAUUUGAUAACAGAUAUUAAAUGUUUGCAUAUUAAUGAUAAUAUCAUUUUAUUAUUGAUAAUAAAAACAGACUG